GUCUUCAAAAUUAUUUUGAUGUUUUACAGUUUUAUUUAUCUCCGUUUUCUCUCAUAUUAUCCAGAAUUGUCGUUUUGUUUGUCGGGAAAUUUCCGGAUAUUUGAUGCAGUUUUAUUCAUAGCAGGGCCGCCGUCACUGGACAUCCUGGUAUCGAACUGAAAAGCGGAAAAGCAUACACCUUUCUGCAUUGUUCGCAGCUGGCGAAAACUUGCUGUUUAUAUCUUUUGACGUUGUUUCACUAUGGUUGCGCUGCGGUUCCUACAGCAGGCCAACAGGUUCUUCUUCGAGCGGCAUUUACUUAUUACCAAUACUUUGUUGGGUGGUGGUUUAAUGGGAUUAGGCGACAUCAUUCAGCAGACGCUUGAAAUUAAGAUUUUCCAGAAAGCCGAACACUAUGACUGGUCGCGAACAGGACGCAUGGGAGCGACAGGAUUUUUGCUGGGUUCGUUAGGCCAUGGUUGGUAUAAAAUUCUCGACCAGAAAUUACCCGGUGCCGAUCGGACAACGGUGAUCAAGAAAGUCUGCUAUGAUCUCUUUGUUGCCGGACCCGGAUUUGCUUGGCUGUUUUUCUGGGGUGUCGGCGUAUUGGAGAAGCGGAGUUUGAAAGAGAUCUGGAGUGAAUUCAAAGUGAAAUUCCCAUAUGUCUUCGCCUUUGACUGUCUUCUGUGGCCGCCGGCACAAGCCGUCAAUUUUUAUUAUCUUCCCCCACGCUACCGCAUGGUCUAUGUGGAGGCUGUCAUUUUGUUCUGGAAUAUUGUGAUGUCCUAUAUCAAACACACGAAUCUCGCCCCGAUCGCGUCAAAAUUGUGAUUUUUGGAUUUCAAAUUGGAAAAUGUUGUUAUAUCUGAAUUUUUGUUUCGUUUCUGCACGGAGCAUAUGCUCUUAUCGGCAGCACCAUGACAUGUGCAACUGCAUUCCGUUGUUAAAACGUUAACGUGUUGUCUGAUGUUGAAAUAUCCAUCGUGAUUGUCACUUGACAGUAAAGAAUAGAAUAUUGCAGAAAUUCACCACUGUUCGGUUCUUUUCUUCGACCUAAACUGUGCAUUUAUUUUAAUACUGAUCCCGGUAUUUGCUAUUUUGUUGCAAAUCUCGCAAUAGGUUUAUGCGGUCGCAUUAUGUUUUCAGUCUCUCAUAAAUUGCAGCU